AUGACAAUUCUCACCAAUAUUGAGGAGGAUAGAGGUGGAGGUGUUACUCCUCCGAACGAUUAUGCUCUGGAUGACAUUAUCGAUGACAAUGACAAUGACAACUCUCAACUACUGCUAUUGAACAAGUCGAAUGACAACUAUGACACCAACAUAAUCAAUAAUAGUAAAUUUGUAAAUAAUAGUAGCAGUAAUAACAAUAUUAAAUAUAUAAAAUUAGAACAAGAUAACGUUUAUAUAGAUCUAAAUGAAAACGAUAAUAAUAAUAGUAAUAAUAAAGAUGUUGAAGUAAUAAAUGAAAAUCAUAAUCAUUCUCAAGAUAUAAAAAUUGAAGUAAGAGAAGCAAAAGAAGAUGAAAAAGAGAAAGUUGAAGAAGUUGAAGAAGAAGAUCAAUUCUAUCAUAGACCUUUCAACUCUGAGCUGUUAAUCAAUGAUCAAUCUAUAACCAACAGAAUAAAGAGUGUCGAAAGAGGAAUGAAUCAUAUCUCUUCAUAUAGAGACAUUGGAAGUCUGAACAAUCUCUCAAGAUCAAUGGAGUUGCAGCAGAAUAUUGUACUGGCAUCUUGUUCACCGGCAGCAGCAACAACAACAACAACACUACCUGGUAUUAUCAAUCACGACAACAGUAUCGAUAGUUGCAGGGACAACAUUCAAUUGCUAAACAGCAGCUUCAACAGUGAGAAUGGUGGCAAUGAACAAGAGGAAGAUGAGGAAUUCGAGGAUAUCCUACUGGAGCGUGACAACACCGACGAUCUCUCCGCCGAGAAAUCCAAAAAGCUACCACCAGUGUCGCCAUUCAAACAACUCCUGGCAAUGAAGUUAAAGUCGAUCUCCUCACACAUCGAAACCAUUUCCUCAGGAGUUGACGUUGUGCCAGUGCACAGAGAGAAAUACCUCACCUAUCCAUCCUCCUCAGCAUCAUCUUCAUCGUUAUCGAGCCAACUCAUGUCGACAAUGGCCGCUAAUGGAAAGAUGCUACCCAAUAACAACAAUAACAACAACUUUAGUAACUUUCAAACAUUAUCGACAUCACCAUCGUCAUCCUCGUCAGUUUCAACGUUCACUCCUCCUACUUUAUCAACCUCACCCAACUCACUAUCAUCUUCACCAUUCAAAAUUGUAAAGCCAAAAUAUCCAUCCUCAUCAACAUCAUCGUCAUCAUCAGCAACAACAACAACUUCAGAUAACCUAACAAACCUAAAUCAAAAUUUCACCUCGAUGCCAAACCUACUGUAUAAUCAAAAUAAUAAUCAUCGAACUUCUUCACAUACCACAGCAGACUCUUUUGUUGGGUCAUCACAAACACAAUUGGCAUCUUCCAACACUUCUACUUCGACUUCUUCAUCGGUCACCUCCACCUCAUCGACAUCAUCCAUAUCGACAUCAUCCAUUUCACCAAAUAUUCAUUCCAAUAGCAUUAUCAAUAUCAAUAAUAAUAACAAUAUAUCUAGUUUAAAUUAUAAUUUUAUACAAUCGAAUAUACAACAUCAACAACCGUCAUAUAUAAUCAAUUCACAACCACCACCAACCAGAAAGAUUACUCCUUUCAUUUCACUGUCACAUUCAGAGUCGGGACAUUCAACAUCAAAUAUCACCAGGCCGGUGCUCUCAUCGGAAACCAACAAGAUCGGAUCGAAGCUUAUAUUUCUACUGGCAUGCUCUGUGUUUUUCAGUGUUUCCAAUCUCUACUAUAUACAACCACUUCUCAAUCUAAUUGGCGAGGAAUUCAGUCAGGGACCGACAGUGAUGUCACUCGUCACCAUGGCGGUGCAAGCCGGCUAUGCUGUGGGACUGCUCUUCAUCUCGACACUCGGCGAUAUCAUCUCAAAGAAGAAGCUGAUCCUCAUUCUCUCGGCACUGACAUGCAUCAGUCUGAUAGGUGUUGCGCUCUCCUAUCACAUUGCCCAGAUGAUCGUAUUCCAAUUCAUUGUGGGUUGCUCCACGAUCAUCCCUCACAUCGCCAUACCACUGGCAAUCGAACUGUCCACCCCAACCGAACGACGUUCCAUCAUCGGAAUUCUCAUGUCCUCUCUGUUCGUCGGACUACUCGGUGCCAGAGUCCUAAGUGGAAUUGCAGCUGAAUUUAUUGGCUGGCGUAGUGUCUACUAUUUCGCAUCUGCAAUUAUGUUUAUCAUUUCAUUCUUUCUUUUCUUAUCCUUACCAUAUACACCAAGGAGUCAAAAUCCAAUUCCAUAUAAUCAAUUAUUAAGAUCGAUAUUCAAUCUAUUCAAGUUGGAACCACAUUUGAAACAAACUUGCUUUGUUGGAAGUAUGGUGUUUGCCACGUUUAGUAUACUGUGGACAACACUGUCGUUCCAACUAAAUGAGGAACCUUUUGAUUUUAGUAGUGGAUUCAUUGGUUUGUUUGGUUUGAUUGGUAUGGCCGGUGCCAUUGCUUCGCCAAUCGCCAGUAAACUGCACGGUCGACUCUCAAUCAAUAUUCUAAUGAUUGCUUCGUUGAGCAUCUGUUGCAUCGGCUAUAUAAUACUGUUCUUCUCUGAAAUACAUCUACCGGGUAUCAUUGCCGGUAUCUUUAUUUUGGAUCUUGGUGUGCAGGCCUGUCAUAUCACCAAUCAAUCGAGAAACCACAUCAUCACACAGAUACGCGAGGAACUCGAUGGAUUCGCAUCCAACGCCAGCUCCUAUAUCAACGCUGCCUACAUGGCAUCGUACUUUGUCGGUGGUGCAUUCGGCAGUGGAAUCAGUGGAGUCGUAUUCGAUUUGUUCGGCUGGCAAGGUUCGUCCAUCGUUGCACUGGUGCUACUUGGCGUGGCACUAUCUGCACAUCUCACACUCUACAAAACACCAAGAGAAUCUGAAGAGAACAACAACAACUAUUAUCAUCAACAACAAAAUGACGAUAACAACAACAACAACAACAACAAUCAAUACGGCGAUAAUGAUAAUCAACACCACCAAAAUGAUGUUGUUCAAAAUCAAGACUAUCACGAACUUCAAGAGAUGGAUAAACAUUUAAAAUUCAAUUACUUUAUUUAA